GUGCAAGUGUGAGUGCUUGCAUAUGUGUGUGUGUGUGUGUCCUUGUUGGGUGCGGUCAGGGCUUGAAUGCCUUCUCCCCUUCACUGUGGAUCCAGAUCUGAACUAAACACAACCCAAUUUUGGGUUUCUCUUCAAAGCCAGCUGGUCUGGCUUUAUUUCUUUUCCUUUGGCCUUAUUUUGGGGCUGAUUCGCCAUCUUUGAGUCUUGUUUGUAUUUUCUGAAGCGAGCGGCCCGCAGCAGGUGCUGAAGGGUCCAUCUUCCUGGAGAAGAGCGUUUUCGGACUGGUGCCAAACGAAGGACCAGAAAGCCUCAAGACCCAUUUGAUGGAGACACAAAAGCAGUGAAGAAUAUACAGAGGGAAAAGACAGAAAAGUUGAACUGAAGGUUAUGAGCAAGUGAUUGGAACGAAAGCCGGAGUCUUUACAGUGAGCGGAACGAGUGAAGAGGAAAGACUGCGCUGAGGAACGACAGAGGAAGGAGAAGGAGACGAGUGUGGACUGUACUUUUGGAAGAGGAAGGAAAAAACAGACAGAAGUCAUGGGGAGGAAAAAGAUUCAGAUUGCGCGGAUAAUGGACGAACGCAACAGACAGGUUACGUUUACAAAGAGGAAGUUUGGACUGAUGAAGAAGGCCUACGAGCUGAGCGUAUUGUGUGACUGUGAGAUCGCCCUCAUCAUCUUCAACAGCACUAAUAAACUCUUCCAGUACGCCAGCACGGACAUGGACAAAGUUCUGCUGAAAUACACCGAGUACAACGAGCCGCACGAGAGUCGGACUAAUUCAGACAUCGUGGAGACGCUGAGGAAGAAGGGCCUAAACGGCUGUGACAGUCCUGAUAUCGAUGCUGAAGAUUCAGGCCACAGUCCAGAAUCCGAGGACAAAUAUCGCAAAAUCAACGAGGACAUCGACCUGAUGAUCAGCCGGCAGAGACUGUGUGCCAUCCCUCAGUCUAACUACGACAUGCCUGUCUCCAUCCCCGUCAGCAACCCCAACAGCCUGAUCUACGGCCACCCAGGAGCGUCUCUGGGUAACCCAAACCUGCUGCCGUUGACCCAUCCGUCCCUGCAGAGGAACAGCAUGUCCCCUGGAGUCACCCACCGGCCCCCGAGUGCAGGAAACACAGGAGGUCUGAUGGCUGCAGAUCUGGGCAGCGGGGCGGGCACCAGCACUGGAAACGGGUACGGAAACCACCGCAACUCCCCUGGUCUGCUGGUCUCUCCAGGGAACAUGAGCAAGAACCUGCAGGCCAAAUCUCCUCCGUCCAUGAACAUGAGCCUGAGCCGCAAACCCGACCUGCGCGUCCUCAUCCCACCUGGAGCCAAGAACACCAUGCCAUCAAUCUCGGAGGAUGUUGACAUGUUGCUGAAUCAGCGAAUCAGCAGCUCUCAGUCGGCUCAGUCUCUCAGCACACCUGUGGUGUCUGUGGCCACACCCACCCUACCUGGAGAAGUGAUGGGCGGAUACCCGUCUGCCAUCAAUACCUCAUAUGGGACAGAAUAUUCUCUGAGCAGUGGAGAUCUGUCCUCUCUGUCUGCGUUUAACAGCUCCGCGUCUCUUCAUCUGGGCUCCAUGACCGGCUGGCCGCAGAACAUGCAGCAUUCUGGCCUGGGGCAUCUGGGGAACUGCAGCAGUGCUCAGCUCUGCCAGAGCUCUGCCCUAUCUCUGCCGUCCAACCAGAACCUGCACAUUAAGUCGGAGCCGGUGUCUCCUCCACGGGAUCGAGCGAGCGGGACCCCGGGGCUGUACGGCGUGCCCCAGCAGACCCCGCUGCGGCAGGACUCGGGACGCUCCCCGGUGGACAGUCUCAGCAGCUGCGGCAGCUCGUACGACGGCAGCGACCGCGACGAACACCGCGCAAACUUCCACUCGCCCGUGGGACUGAUGAGAGCAGCCGAAAAUGAGCGGCAGAGCCCGUCCGUCAAGCGCAUGCGUCUGUCCGAGGCCGGCUGGGCAUCCUGAACACCAUUGACAAACAGCCCUGUGAAAAAGUUUGCACCCCCUAUAUAUUGAGUUUCAAGCUUUUCUGUAUUCGGACGUAAUGCCAAAAAAAUUAGAUUGACCUUAUUCUUCAUAUUUGAGCAGUCGUCCUGAACACUGCUGAGAAACGGCACUGUGAAAAAGUUUGCACCCCCCAUAUAUUGAAUUUCAAGCUUUUCCGUAUUCAGACAUUAUACAUAAAAAUCUAUUGACCUUACUCAUAUACAAGUGAAUGUCCUGAACAAUGCUAAGAAACGGCACUGGGAAAAAGUUUGCAUCCCCCAUAUAUUGAAUUUCAAGCUUUUCCAUAAUCUGACUUAAUGCAAAUUUCAAGCUUUUACUUAUUCGGACAUAAUACAUGAAAAAUCUAUUGACUUUACUCAUAUACAAGUGGAUGUCCUGAACAAUGCUGAGAAACGGCACUGUGAAAAAGUUUGUACCCCCAUAUUGAAUUUCAAGCUUUUGCUAUUCGGGCGUAAUACAUAAAAAUCUACUAACCUUACUCAAUUACGAGCGGAUGUCUUGAACACUGCUAAAAAUGGCACUGUGAAAAAGUUUGCACCCCCAUAUUGAAUUUCAAGCUUUUCCUAUUCGGGCGUAAUACAUAAAAAUCUACUAACCUUACUCAAUUACUAGCGGAUGUCUUGAACACUGCUAAAAAACGCAGCUGUGAAAAAGUUUGCACCCCCAUAUUGAAUUUCAUGUCUUCAAGUAUUCGAACAUAAUACAAAAGAAAACACUGACCUUAUUCUUCAUACACGAACAGGCGUCUUUAACACCACUGUGAAAAAGUCUACACCCCCUCAAAAUGAAUUUCUUUUUCUCUGUAUUUGUAAAAAAUGUUGACCUUAUCCGUCAUAUACAAGCAGAUGUCCUGAACAAUGCUGAAAAACGGCACUGUGAAAAAGUUUGCACCCCCCACAUAUAUUGAAUUUCAAGCAUUUUCAUAUUCAGACAUAAAUAAAUUUAUUUAUCUUAUUCAUAUAUGAGCAAGCAUCUUGAACAAUGCUGAACAUGGCACUGUGAAAAAGUUUGCACCCCCAUAUAUUGAAUUUGUAGCUUUUUCGUAUUUGAAAGUAAUACAAAAAUAUCUAUUGAUCUUAUUCUUCAUAUACGAGCAGGCAUCUUGAACACUGCUGAAAAUGGGCACUGUGAAAAAGUUUGCACCCCCCAUUUUAAAUUUAAAGCAUUUCCGUAUUCGGACGUAGAAUAAAUUUCAAGCUUUUCAGUAUUCAUCCAUAUAUAUUCCAUAUUUGGACGUAAUUCGUCCAAAAUCAUUUGACCUUAUUCUUCAUAUACAAGCAGGCAUCUUGAACACCACUGUGAAAAAGUUUGCACCCCCCAUAUAUUGAAAUUUAAGCUUUUUCAUAUAAUGUAAUACAAACAAAAAUCUAUUGACCUUAUUUAUAUAUGAGCAAGUGUCAUGAACAGCAUUGUGAUAAAGUUUGCGCCCCCCAUAUAGAGUUUGGAGCCUUAUCGUAUUCUGGCAUAAUACAACAAAAAAUCUAAUAUAUGUUGUGAACGCUUUUAUUUGAGUAUGGUGAUGUGCAUCCUCCUAAAACAGAAUAUUGAGUAGGGGGCGGGGCUUUCUUUUUGCACAUAGUUUCCUCAGCUAACGGUAAAAGGGGCGUGGUUAAGAAUAUUGUUUCUGAAGUGCGGAAUGAACCACCAACUAUUCCAGCAUAUGUUUUUUUACUGUGGAUGCCCUUUCAGCCACAACCCAGUACUGGGAAACACCCAUACACACUUACAUGCACACUCAUACACUAUGGCCAAUUUAGUUUAUUCAAUUCACCUAUAGCGCAUGACUGUGGGGGAAAUCACCCGGAGGAAACCCACGCCAACACAAGGAGAACAUGCAAACUUCACACAAAAAUGCCAAUUGGCCCAGCCAGGACUCGAUCCAGUGACCUUCUUGCUGUGAGGUGACAGUGCUAACCACUGAGCCACAGUGCCGCCAUACUACAGUCAGCCGCACCAAAAAAGUUGAUGGAAAUUUUAAAAAUUCAUUAUUUUUUAUUUGUAUUUAUUUAUUUUUUUGUGUUCACGUUAGGUGCAUCUUAUUUAGUAUUGUAAUUUUCAUCAAUGCCACAUACUCUUCUUCAUCUGAGGGUCUUUUAUGUCAAAUUUUAAGAACUUACCUAGGAUCUGAUCAUAUUUCAUGUCCUAAUAAAAGGAUAAAUAAUCGGAUUUAAACAGGGUGCACAAACUUUUUCACACGACUGUAUGUGUGUUUAUUCUGCGGAGUGUGCGUGCUGCAUUAAAGUAUUACAAAUGAUAUAUAUAUCAGGUAUACGGGGCGGGGGGCGUGUUUGUGAUUUUGGAGUUUUUUGGGGGGGCGGGGCAAAGGGAUAUGCAUCGCUUGUGCCACGUGUGGGGUAAAAAAUUAAA